GCAGCUGGGCGAGUGACAGCCCCAGCUCCGCGCGCCGCGGCGGCCAGAGCCGGCGCAGGGGAAGCGCCUGCGGCCCCGGGCGGCAGCGGCGGCCGCCUCCUCGCGCGCUUCUCGGGCCCGCACCCCGCGGUCCCGCGGCCCCGGGGCCGACACCUUUCGGCUCCCGCUCCCCGCGCGCAAGAUGGCUGACCCGGCUGCGGGGCCGCCGCCGAGCGAGGGCGAGGAGAGCACCGUGCGCUUCGCCCGCAAAGGCGCCCUCCGGCAGAAGAACGUGCACGAGGUGAAGAACCACAAAUUCACCGCCCGCUUCUUCAAGCAGCCCACCUUCUGCAGCCACUGCACCGACUUCAUCUGGGGCUUCGGGAAGCAAGGAUUCCAGUGCCAAGUCUGCUGUUUUGUCGUGCACAAGCGGUGCCAUGAAUUCGUCACCUUCUCCUGCCCAGGUGCCGACAAAGGCCCAGCCUCUGAUGACCCCCGGAGCAAACACAAGUUUAAGAUCCACACGUACUCCAGCCCCACGUUUUGUGACCACUGUGGGUCACUGCUGUACGGACUCAUCCACCAGGGGAUGAAAUGUGACACCUGCAUGAUGAACGUGCACAAGCGCUGCGUGAUGAAUGUCCCCAGCCUGUGCGGCACAGACCACACGGAGCGCCGCGGCCGCAUCUACAUCCAGGCCCACAUCGAGAGGGAAGUCCUCAUCGUCGUCGUAAGAGAUGCUAAAAACCUUGUACCUAUGGACCCCAAUGGCUUGUCAGACCCUUACGUGAAACUGAAACUGAUUCCCGACCCCAAGAGCGAGAGCAAGCAGAAGACCAAAACCAUCAAAUGCUCCCUCAACCCUGAGUGGAACGAGACAUUCAGAUUCCAACUGAAAGAAUCGGACAAAGACAGAAGACUGUCCGUGGAGAUUUGGGACUGGGAUCUGACCAGCAGGAAUGACUUCAUGGGAUCUUUGUCGUUUGGGAUUUCCGAACUGCAGAAAGCUGGUGUUGAUGGCUGGUUCAAGUUGCUGAGCCAGGAGGAAGGCGAGUACUUCAAUGUGCCUGUGCCGCCAGAAGGAAGCGAGGGCAAUGAAGAGCUGAGGCAGAAAUUCGAGAGAGCCAAGAUCAGUCAGGGGACCAAGGCUCCGGAAGAAAAGACGACCAACACCAUAUCCAAACUUGACAACAACGGGAACAGAGACCGAAUGAAACUGACUGAUUUUAACUUCCUGAUGGUGCUUGGGAAAGGAAGCUUUGGCAAGGUCAUGCUCUCCGAGCGGAAAGGCACGGACGAGCUCUACGCCGUGAAGAUCCUGAAGAAGGACGUGGUGAUCCAGGACGAUGACGUGGAGUGCACGAUGGUGGAGAAGCGGGUGCUGGCCCUGCCCGGGAAGCCGCCCUUCCUGACCCAGCUGCAUUCCUGCUUCCAGACCAUGGACCGCCUGUACUUUGUGAUGGAGUACGUGAACGGGGGUGACCUCAUGUACCACAUCCAGCAAGUUGGCCGGUUUAAGGAGCCUCAUGCUGUAUUUUACGCUGCAGAAAUUGCCAUCGGUCUAUUCUUCUUGCAGAGCAAGGGCAUCAUUUACCGUGACCUCAAACUUGACAAUGUGAUGCUGGAUUCAGAGGGCCACAUCAAGAUUGCUGAUUUUGGCAUGUGUAAGGAAAACAUCUGGGAUGGGGUGACCACUAAGACAUUCUGUGGAACUCCAGACUACAUCGCCCCUGAGAUCAUUGCCUACCAGCCCUACGGGAAGUCUGUGGAUUGGUGGGCCUUUGGAGUCCUGCUGUAUGAAAUGUUGGCUGGGCAGGCACCCUUUGAAGGCGAGGACGAGGAUGAGCUCUUCCAGUCCAUCAUGGAACACAACGUGGCUUACCCCAAGUCCAUGUCCAAGGAAGCUGUGGCCAUCUGCAAAGGGCUGAUGACCAAACACCCGGGCAAACGCCUGGGGUGCGGACCCGAAGGUGAGCGCGACAUCAAGGAGCACGCGUUUUUCCGGUAUAUUGAUUGGGAGAAACUGGAGCGCAAAGAGAUCCAGCCCCCGUACAAGCCAAAAGCCUGUGGGCGAAAUGCUGAAAACUUCGACCGGUUUUUCACCCGCCAUCCACCAGUCCUAACACCUCCCGACCAGGAAGUCAUCAGGAAUAUUGACCAGUCAGAAUUCGAAGGAUUUUCCUUUGUUAACUCUGAAUUUUUAAAACCUGAAGUCAAGAGCUAAGUAGAUGUGUAGACCUCCGUCCUUCAUUUCUGUCAUUCGAGCUCAACGGCUGUUUUGGUGACAUCUUUUCUUUUCAUUGCCACGUCGCAUCCAUGUUUUACUUGCUGAUGAGACUAGAGUGACCAUGUUUCAGAAAUCAAAUGUCCUCAGGUAGUUUGGAGCAUCUCUAUGAGAUGCGAUGAUGUGGAUGGCUCGUCGAAAAUGCUGCAUUAAUUAGCACAUUAGCAAAUGACCUCUUCCCAUUGACUCUCCCCAGCAUGGCCAUGCGGCAGAGAUCCCGUGGGGACAGAAAAAUGCCUGCUUUCUCUCCCUUUCUCCCACCACUCGCAUUUUACACAUUUCCCAACUCCAGGCAUCCAGUCUGGAUUGUUCUUACCAAAUGAGUGGUUCACCGGAUGCUAGCAGCAUUCUCUCCCUCCUGGACCCGGAGCUUGGCUUGCAUCAAGGGUAUGGUUGCUUUGACGUAGAGGGAAUUCCUCCAUUCUGCCUGGUUUGGAGGCACCAUGAGCUGGGCAGAUCCCGGCCAAAAAUAAAAUCGUAUUUGUUAUUUUUUUAGACUCAAAGUUAAGGAGAUGAUCUCAACCCUUUUAAAAUGCCAAGAGGGUGCUUUGAGACAAUCUCAAUCUAAAAGGACCUCAAGGGUUCAGUCAAAAGGCAACCGGCUUGGGCCCCCCUCCAUUCUGUAAUGCCUGAUACUCUCUGUCCCUGAUCAUGAUCACCUUCAUCCUCAAACUCCUGGAAAAGGGCAUUUGGCAUCACCCCCCUGAAAAGACAUGGUCACUCUAGCCAGGUCCCAGAGGACCAUGGUUUUACAUUACAUUUCAAAUUUUAUUUGCUUUGGGGUUUUAUUUCUGUUAUUGUUCAAAUGCAAAAAGAAAAAAAAAAACCUCACUUUGUUACACAUGCUUUGAAAUCUGUGUCCAAAUGUUAUUAACCACAGUGACCUGUUUGAUUUGUCAAGAAGGUGGCUCUGGACCUAGCAGACCCAUGCCUGCACGGAUGGGAUUUGUCUAGGUUUGUUGCUGGCUCUGGAAAGCUAAUUAAGUGCUCUGAGAAAGAUACCAUUUCUUGAAACAUAGACGGUUGGUUGUACUCUUCACUUUGAUGUUGUUUUGCAAGAUGUUUGUGGAAAUGUCCAUUUGUAUCUGGAUACCUGUUAUGUGCCAUUUUUUUUCUAGCAUCGAGAUACAAUAAAAAAAAAAAAAAGAAAAGAAAGAAGAAAUGCUAUUUCAAGAAAAAAACAAAACAAAACACGGCUCUCUUUGAAAAAUGUGGACCCAAACUGCCAAGCGGGGCUCUUGAGUCUACGAGACAGAAAGGAGCUAAACCCAGAGCUUAACCUCAGCCCCAGGUUCUGCCAGUCUGAGAGGCUGGGGACCAUUCAGGGACUCCUGGCAGCCUGUAAUGGGAUGGGAUGAGCUGGCCGGGGCUUCCAACGAUACCAGAGGUCAAAGCCAGAGUCAAGUUUUGGAGCCAGCUAGGAACAUGGCUGGGGCUCUUGAUUUUCUUAUCAAAAUCACCACUCCUCCCAGCUUGGACUAAAUAUUCUUACUUGCAAGCAGCUUUGGGAGCCCCCAGAAGCCAAGGAAACCCCUUGGGCAGGAGAAAUCCCCUUGCCUGCUGCCUCCUUCUAUUCCUAGGCAACCUUCCAGAGAAUUCUUAUCACAAGUCGAGUGAUUUCCAGAAGCAGCAGAGCUUCUAAGAGAUCAUCAGGAGAACUUUACCAGCUUGACAAAUGUCCUUGAAGGAGCACUUCUCAUCUUUAAGAAACCUGUGAUUGGCAUUUCCACAUAGGCAGAGGCCCCUGGCUCACUCCUGUCUUCCCUCAGCUUCUCCAUCAUGGUAGCAGUGGAGACCCCCAUGUGGGGCAAACCCCAAGUCCAGCUGGCAAGCUCAGGAAGUUAGAGAAGGAGGGAAAUCGGGGCAGAAGCCUCCUUCCCCCGUUUUGUUGCUGGGGACACCAGCAUCUGGAAAGAGGCAGUGACUUGCCCAAGGUCAGCCAGCUGGGGUGCGCAAACCCAGGUUACCUGACUCAGGGCAGGACUGUUUCUGCUCUAGAGCUGGUAUCUCUGAGCCAUGCCCACCAAUAAGCAAAUUAUUUGAGGUCCUUCAUCUGGCUGUUGGGUCACCAGGUCUCCUCUUGGACCUGUUCUCAGGAAGAUAAAAAGCAUGGAGAAGCAUUGGGCCAUUGACAGAUUCUUUGAGACAACGUUAGAGAACACUGUAAGAUAGGUAGGUAGCUAGCUAGUUAGACAUAGAUAAAUAGAUAGGAAGAAUAUAUUAUAUAUACACACCGCAUAUUUGUCAAAUUUCUGUCCUUAUUUUUUCAGAAGUUGAAUCAUUUGCAGAAGAGGUACUCAAGCCAAAGUCUCUAUUUCCUUAACACACCUUGCUGAGAGUUGGCCAGUGAAGGCUUGUAUGCAAGGGAGGGAUCCUUGGCCAGAGUUCCCCCACAGUUUCCUUUUCCAUCACCGUUUUAAAUCCAAAGGAGACCAAGAAACCGAGCUCUGAGAAUAUAUCAUCUCUGGGCCAUACUUUUCAAGUUUAUCCAGGAAGAAGGAUUUUCCACUUCUCUGUGCAGU